UGGCGGCGCCGAGUCUGUACCGGGGCUGCGAUGCGGCUGCUCGGCGCCUUCCUGCGGCUGCUGGUGGCCGGGACGCUGGGGGCACCGCCCGCCCCGGCCCCGGAGGAACGGGGGACCGCCAGCACGGAGUCUCCCGUCCUUACCUUUCGGGAGAUCUGGAAUCGUAGUUUCUGCCGGCCUCUGGAGCAGCUGGUGGACGUCAUUACCGAAUUCCCCAACGAGGUGGAGUACAUUUUCAGACCCUCCUGCGUCUCUCUGCAGCGCUGCGGAGGCUGUUGUGGGGACGAGGGUCUCCGCUGCGUGCCCGUGGAGACGAGCACGGUCACCAUGCAGCUCCUGAAGAUAAAGCCAAACGGGGAGGCACCCUAUGUGGAGAUGGCAUUCACGGAGCACAAGCAGUGCGAGUGCAGGCCCCGGCAGGACCUGAUGAGGCUGGGAAGGAGGAGGUCCAAGGGCCGAGGUAAGAGAAGACAGGACAAGAAGGGACGGAAAGACUGUGAACUGUGUGGCACACCCCGCAGGUAGCCCCUGCCCUGCCCCAGCCCCGCUCCCACCAUGGGCCGAGCCAGCUGCCCUUGUCCCCAGCACGGGGCACUGUGGAGCCGUGUCCCUCCAGGACUCCAGCACGGAAGAGCUGACUGUUACUCCUGCUUGGCCCUGCUGGGAGCACAGCCUGGCACCAAGGACUCCCUUGCCCCAUCUGCCCCACUGGCAGCAAGAGAAAAGGACUUGUGACCAAGCCUGGGGCUGAAGAUGAGGAGCUCAAGCAGCGUGCUGCUGUUUGAGGACAUUCUAGGGGCAAUGAGGAGCCAAGCUGGUGCAUGUGCUGCUGGAACUGGCUGGGGAGGACAGCAUGAUGUGGCAGUGAGCGGAGAUGGCUCACAGGGCUGCACCUGCAAAACUUCUCUGUCCUGCCAGUGCUCUGCAGCUGGGGAGGAAGGAAACCUGGGGCAGGCAAGGCUGUAGGGCUGCAUCCGUCCCAGUUUUGGCACGGGGCAGGUGCCAGGGAUCUGUUCUGCUUGGGAACAGAAGGGAACUGGGCUGCUCAUGUUUUCACAGCUGCAUCUCAGCUUUGCCCUGCUCAAUAAAAGCUAGUCAGACAUGGGAGCUGGCAGCUCCUGUCUGCUUUCCAACAAGGCAGGGAACUCCCCCAUGGGCACCCACUCAGGCUGGAAUAGGGCUGUGACCCAGAGUUUGUCCCCAUCACCAAUCCUGCAGCACCAAGGGAUUGCCCUUGGUGUGAUGCUGGAGAUGGGCAACCAGCAGGUUCCUCCCUGGGCUGGGGGCUAUCCUUGUGCUGGAGUUCAGCUGGGUACUGGGAGACCCUUGGGUGAGCUGCCCUUCCCCUCCACAGCAGUGUGGGACUGGUACCUCUCCCUGUUCACCCUGCCCAUCCUGUGCUCGCCCAUUCUCUUUUUUUGUUUGAAAGCUUCAAACAAAAGACCGGAGGGCAAGAUCUGCAAA